GAAGAUGUCACAAUAUCCAAAGGCCCCACUUCCAUCCCUUUUACCCAUUCGUCAUAUUACUCACGCCUAUUGGUUCCGGGGAUAUGAAGUAAAGGGAGAAUAACAGGUUCACAGGGGAGCCAAAGGCUUAGGUAGCUGUAGGCCCUCCAAAGUCUAGGGACUACUCCAUUUAUACAUGAUGGCAAGGCUAGAAGGCUGAGAGAGACACAGCCAGCGAAGGUUGGAAGUGAUUGAAACCAGACAGGCUAUCCUUUGACUUCUUUUAACAUUUCCAUCUCCUCUCUUUCCAUAUAUACCUCUGCAAUCUCUCUCUCGAAGGUGUCUCCUUUCGAGAGCUUAUCACAAGCCAGAAGGCAAAAAGGGGGAGUGGAGGAAUUAACCACAGGGCUUAGCAUCUGAGAGUCAUGGGGAGGGCUCCAUGCUGUGACAAAGCCAAUGUGAAGAAAGGACCUUGGUCUCCAGAGGAAGAUAGACAGCUAAAGGAGUAUAUUGAGAAGUAUGGCACUGGUGGAAAUUGGAUUGCUCUUCCUCACAAAGCCGGUUUGAACAGAUGUGGCAAGAGCUGCAGGCUGAGAUGGCUCAACUAUCUGAGACCCAACAUUAAGCAUGGGGAUUUCACUGAUGAUGAAGACAGGACAAUCUGCAACCUUUAUGCUACCAUUGGAAGCAGGUGGUCCAUCAUCGCUUCUCAGCUGCCAGGAAGGACAGACAAUGAUAUCAAGAACUACUGGAACACCAAACUGAAGAAGAAGCUUUUGGGGUUUCCACCAUCCCAAAGAAAAACCCAACAACAGCUGCAGAAGCAGCAGCACCAGCAGCAUCUCUUCCCAUAUCCUCUUGAGAUCUGCAGGACUGGUUCGUUCUCAUCACCACCAAGCCUUGAAGGCGUACAAAACUCCCAAUAUCUCCUGAACCCUAUGGCGGCCACCACUUUCUCCUCCACUCUCCCACAAGGUUCGAUGCAUCAAUCUCAAGUCAAGGACAGUAGCAGCCUCCUCAUGUUUGGGAGUGAGCACAGCUGCAGCUCCUCUGAUGGGAGUUGCACUCAGAUCAGCUAUGGGAGCAAUGUUGUUGUUGACUAUGAGCUUUGUAAUGGUGGGCAACAGAUGCGAUCUCUUGAGAGCUUUCUCUAUGAAGAAACCCAGAAACUAUUACUGGGUGAUGGUGAGGCCUCGUUGGAGUACAAUAUUGAGGAGAUUAAGCCAUUGGUUGGUCCAAACAAUUGGUGCAACAGCCUCUUUGGGGAUGAUUUAAGCAGUGCAACAACUAAGGACAUCAGCUUCAAAACCACGGGCAAGGCCAUGUACUACUACUGACUGCUGUAAUUAUUAUAAGAAUAUUUAUCUUUGGAGGUAAGGCUGUGUGUUGUGGUGAAAGACUUUGACAGUACAUAGGCUAAAGUGAGUGUUGGCUUUUCUUGUAUGCAUUUCUCCUUUGUGACAUGAUGUUUGUGUGUGUGAGGGUGGUGAAAUCCCCUUUGGGCUCAGCAUUCAAGAAUAUCAUAUGCCUUGCAGCGUUUCAGCGAUGGCAGUGUGGUUGUAUCUCUGAGGUCAUCAUUGUGAGAUUCAAAACCGAACACUCAUGUCUCUCCCUUUUCUCCUUUUCUCCAUCUUU